AGCGCGACGCAAACGUGAAACGUCAUCACGCUGCGCUUCUUUAUUCGGACUUCUUGCCGGUAAAUCCAAUCUGUUGACAUAUUUGAACGGCUUGUCUCAUCUACAAAGAUUUUGAGGGGAGUUUUCAGGUGAAAUGAGGAUUUAACUGAUGCAGGUAUCUCUGACCUCUGGAGAUCUUCUUCAUCAGCGUCCAUGGAGUCACAGGGUAAUGAAUUCCCGUCGUCGGGAAUUCCCGUCCCGUGUUCUGAAGUCAUCAGCUCCAUUCGGGAGCGCACAAUCGCAGAGAACAGCAUGGUGGUCCUGCUGCAGGGCCUGCAGGGAGAGGUGACCACGGUGGACCUGAAGAACGAAAGCACGGCGCGGGGCCGCGUGGUCAGCGUGGACGCCUUCAUGAACAUACGUCUGGCGGACGUGUUGUACCGGGACAGACGGGGUCAGCUUACUCAGCUGCAGGACCUGUUUGUCACGGGCAGAAACAUCCGCUAUGUUCACAUCCCAGACCACAUGGACAUAAUGAAGACUGUACAGAGCCAGCUGGCCAAGAUCCACAGAGUCCGCAACUUUGCCGGUCACGGAGGAGGCAGAAAAGAAUACGCCAAGAAAACAAAAUAAUUAUUUUUUUUCAUAGAGGGAUGCAAAACUCACUUGGGUAGUGCUUGUGCAAGGUUAAGACAAGUCCAGAAGUACAUGGAGGCAACAAAAAAAUUCUUCUGUCUAAUCUGAAAACGAGUGUCACACCAGAAACACACAGUUUGCAGUCAGAGGGGCCACAAAGUGAUUCAACGAAUAAAAAUUGUUUUCCUGUUGAUUUUCUUUUUGUGAAACGGCUGAUACUUUCACCUCUUCGGACCAUUAAAAAUCCUUCAUGUCUUAUGAAGGAAAAAACUAAA